AUGUUCGUUACACAAUUGCAAGGGGCGAUACCAGCCGAGCUAAGCUCAUUGCACAAUGUCCAGUUAGUUAAUCUUGCCCACAAUAGGCUUACUGGAAGAAUUUCUUCCAACAUUGGAAGACUUCUAAGUCUGAAACAGCUAAACCUUAAAUUUAACAACUUGACAAUGGAAAUUCCAACGGAGAUAGGAAGACUUGUCAAUCUCAAUUUCCUAGAUCUAGGUUUCAAUCAGUUCUAUGGAACCAUCCCUGGUUCACUUGGAAACCUCUCAGCGUUGACAACGCUCAGAAUCCCCGCCAAUGAACUAGAAGGACGUAUCCCAACACUGAAAAACCUAUCAUCUCUCACUGUGCUUGAGUUGGGGAAAAACAAGCUCGAAGGAACCAUUCCAUCUUGGUUAGGAAACAUCUCUUCACUAGAAAUUAUUGAUCUUCAGAGAAAUGGUAUAGUUGGUCACAUCCCAGAAUCCUUAGGAAGUCUUGAGCUGCUUACAAUCCUCUCUCUCUCAGCCAACAGACUUUCAGGUUCCGUACCUCAUGGGCUUGGAAACCUCCAUGCCCUCACUGGACUUUUCAUAGAUGUUAAUGAACUAGAAAGCACUUUGCCACCUUCAAUAUUUAAUCUAUCUUCUCUUGAAAUUCUGAAUGUGCAAUCCAACAAUUUGACUGGAGAGUUUCCACCUAAUAUAGGCAGCAUGCUCCCAAAGCUAAAUGAUUUUCUUAUAGAAGAUAAUCAACUUCAAGGCAUGCUCCCACCAUCCUUGUGCAAUGCUUCGAUGCUUCAAAAAAUCCAAGCAACAAACAACGCUUUAUCAGGAACAAUACCCCAGUGCCUUGGAAAUAAUAAGGACCUGACCGUAGUGGCGUUAGCAGGAAAUUGGUUUGAAGGGUCUCUCGGUGCUUGACCUUUCCUAUAAUAAUCUAUCUGGGGCCAUCCCUGAAAUCCUUGGCAACCUGAAAGGCCUUUCUUCCUUGAACCUCUCAUUUAACAAAUUCCAAGGUGGUCUUCCAACACAUGGGGUAUUUCUGAAUGCAUCUGUCAUCACGGUUACAGGAAAUGAUGACCUGUGUGGUGGUAUCCUUCAACUGAAAUUACCACCCUGCUCAAACCACACCACCAAGAAGCCACCUCAGAGACUCGGCAUAGUAGCCCUUACAUGUGGAGCAGUUAUUUUUGUUACAUUAGCAGCUGUGUUGUGUUAGCUAUCUUUGUAAUCUCGUGUUUCAGCUCGUUUGUUAGUUUGUCACGUUUACUUUCUUAGCUGUUUAGCGUGGGCUCAGUCAAGGCUUAACCAAGGCUGAGCGCAUCUGGCUGGAGGCGUGGACGCGUGGUGCAUGU